GUUAAUACAGAGUUGGCUGUUGGACUUGGUUGAGGAUCGUGAGUUAGUUUGUGUCUGAUGCUAACGUAGUGCGUAUGAGAAGUGCGUCGUUAUGGCGUUGGCCGAAGCAGCGUUGUCGCUGAUUUUUGUGUUUUUAGUGCCUCCUUUUGCAAUGAUUUUGAUAUUUGUUCUAAUUACUGCAAGUGUUGGAAAGUCAAUCGGAUUACGAGAGAAGUACGUGAAAGGAUUGAUUCAGAUUUUUGAGUUCUGCAAAACUCGUCUGGCUGCCCAAAGGAAACUGUCCGAACAUGAACCUUGUGAUUCUGAGACCGAGUCAUCAGAAGAUGAGCGGCUCAUCAGUGAAGAGGACCAGACAAGCUCCAGCAAUGAAGUCAUCACCAGAGAAAUUGUCCUGAGACCAGGUUCCAAUCAGUUUCAGCGUUCGUUUUCGACGAAGGAAGACUUCAAGCUGUGGGACCCGCUGUACUAUCUGCGCACUGGCAUCGAGGCCAUCGUCGACGAUGAGGUCACCAAGCGAUUCUCGGCCGAGGAGCUCACGUCCUGGAACUUGCUGACGCGCACCAACAGUCGGCACCAGUUCGUGAGCGUGCGGCUCACAGCCAUCUGGGUGCUGGGCUUCAUGGUGCGCUACUUCAUCCUCCUGCCUAUCAGAGUCGCCAUCCUUUUCGUUGGGACGAUCUACCUGGUGCUGGGCUGCGCUGUGAUUGGCCAGAUGCCGGACGGGCGCAUCAAGCGCUGGCUCGCGAAUUGCAUGUUUCUCUCCAUGUUCCGGAUCAUGGCUCGCGGCUUCAGCAACGUCGUCUAUUACCACAACACUCACAACCGACCGCGCUCUGAUGGCAUCUGCGUCGCCAACCACACCUCACCUAUUGACUGUAUUGUGCUCGCUCAAGAUGGAUGUUUCUCCUUCACGGGAGUGCUGUUGAUGUGCACAUACGCCGUCGGGUGCCUGAGAGAAGGCCCCCUCAAGAAGUCCUGGAACUACUCGUGGACAAUACGCUGCUUCGAUGUGCUCAGCGGCGCUCUGUCUCUCGUCUGCACCUACCACAACCGAGAGAACCUACCUCGCAACGGCAUCUGCGUAGCCAACCACACGUCGCCUGUUGAUGCCCUAGUGCUUGCUUGCGAUAAUACGUACGAUCUGGUGGGGCAGAGACACGGGGGCUUCCUGGGUCUCCUGCAGACGGCGCUCUCGCGCGCCUCGUCGCACAUUUGGUUCGAGAGGAGCGAGGCCAAGGACAGAUAUGCUGUCGCCAAGAGGCUGCGGGAGCACGUGGAAGACCCGAACAAGUUGCCUAUCCUGAUUUUCCCCGAAGGGACGUGCAUCAACAACACCUCUGUCAUGCAGUUCAAGAAGGGUACUUUUGAAGUGGGCGGCACCAUCUAUCCGGUCGCCAUAAAAUAUGAUUCGUUUUUCAUGAGUAUCAGUCCGACAGGAGACGCCUUCUGGAACUCGAGCGAGUACGGCAUGAUGAGCUACAUCCUCAUGAUGAUGACGUCGUGGGCAAUCGUGUGUGACGUAUGGUACCUGCCACCCAUGACCAUACGUGAGGGUGAGACCAGCAUCGACUUCGCCAACCGCGUCAAGGCCGAAAUCGCGAGGCAAGGCGGACUUGUCGACUUGAUCUGGGACGGUGGCCUGAAGCGCAGCGCUGUCAAGAAGGAGUGGCGGGAACAAUACCAACAGGAAUUUUCCAGACGCCUUCGACUUCACAGCCUAUCUUCAUCUGCCGCGAGAAAAGCCCGUCUCUCAACGCCCUCGGCUCUCAAAAACAACAACAAUAAUGAUACUUCUUCUGCAUCAUCGGAACAUCCGACCGUUGAUUCUUCUUCAACGGACAACGAAAGGGAAACGCCUGUCAAUGAAUCAACGACAAACGUAGCGCCAUCAGCGAGCUGCCCCACUGUUAAUGGAGCUGAUCCUCUUGACAAGGGGAAGGAUGCGCUCGUCAAUAACGCUCCAGUAUCAGCGAAUAGGAAAAAUUUGCCCACAACCUCCAAUGAUUUGACUAUUCAAGAUAGAAAUUUGUCAGUAAAUGGGGUAAAUCUGACGAAUAGCAAGGAUGGAGUUACAUUAAAUGAUACGAGUGAGCUCAAAAAUCGUCAGAAGCAUGCCAAUGACACAGUCCCAUCCCUGAACGGAGGAGGCUCGCGCGUGUCAGGCUUAAUUGUCAACGGCUCGUCGGACCCGCCAGUUAACGGGUCCGGGUUGCAAGUUAACGGGUCCGGGUUCUUUACCUCCGACCCAACCGUGGUGUCCAAGAAAGACCUUCGCCUUGCGCAUGAUAAAGACCACCUCGUACCUGGUCCCGUCACCGCCUCCAUCUUGAGAGAGAAAGCUGAAUGACAUGAAGCUAUCUUUUGAGUUGUUCUUGUUUCUGUAAAAAAUUGUAUUUGUGUUCUUGGACUUGAAGUCGUUAUAGAGAUGGCGGGAGUGCCGUAUACAUUAAAUUUUUUGUGUGUGAUGUGCUCAAAGCCUAGAAAUUGUUGAAUUAUUUCCAAGCAUGGGCGAGUGAUAUUGUAACUGGAAAGUUAUUGCUUGACUCAUAAGUUACAUGAAGUAAGCAAGCUCGGUGUUCAACACACAUUUAGUGGACAUUUUUGUGUCCAAACUAAAACCUGUCAAUGAAUUUUGUUGAGAUUAGUGCCUAGGGCGUUAUAGGAACCAUUUAGGAUAAAGUUUAAAUAUUUUA